AUGUCUACUGAAACAUUUAAGGACAACUUCUGGGGCGUUGGAGGAUUCGAUCAGCUGGAGAAGAGAAUCAAUCAGGGUACUGAGAGUACUAAGCUCUUCUUAUACUUUAUGAAGGAGCGUGCAUCUAUUGAGGAGUCCUACGCAAAAAGUUUAACAAGUCUGCUUAAGAAGACUGCCAACUUGACAGAGUUUGGAACAUUGCGUGAUGCCUGGUUGGCCGUCCGUGGACAGGUCGAGUCCACAGUUGGCAUUCACACAGAGUUCUCGCGACAGCUGUCCAUGGACAUCGUGUCAUCGUUCGACAGAUUCAAGUCGGACCAAAAGAAGACCAAGAAGACCUUCCUUCACGACGCAUGGAAGUUGUCCAAGGAGCGCAAGGAUCAAGAGUCCUCAAUAGCCAAGUAUCGCACCAAGUACGAAGACUACUCCAAGCAGUCCGAGCAAUUCAAUUCACAACUCGAGCAGGCAAAGUCCCGCGGAGGCAAUGUUAAUGAUCUUGGCAAGUUGGACCAAAAGAUUUCAUCAAAGGCACAGAAGGCCAACAAGGAGAGACAGAUGUUUGAGAAUGACUAUAGGGACGCCGUCAACAAGUUGCAAACGAAUGCACCGGCUUGGGUGGAGAAGACAUGCUCCAUAUACCAGACUCUGCAGGGAUGUGAAGAGGAGCGUAUCGAUUGCAUCAAGAUCCAACUCGAUAAGUACUCACAGGCCAUCACCUCAUUGGAGAACAGCAGCAGCAAUGUCAACCUGUCAUCAAUCAUCAGCAAGGUCGACAAGUAUGAGGACAUUGACUGCUUCAUUCGCGAGAACAAGACUGGCUCAGACCCACCUCCCAUCCCAUCCUUUGUACAAUUUGGUGCAAGAGACUAUGGCGACACUCCAUCAAUGUCGAGCUCAGUCAGCUCAUCAUCACUUUCGGCCUCAUACUCAAACACAAACGCCUCGUCAUCAGCACCACUCAACUCGUCGUCGCGUGCGUCGUCCACCUCUUCAUCAUCGUCCUCAUCAAUCCUCUCCAAACCCGUGUCCAAAGCACCACCACCUGCAGUAAUGUCAAGGAAGCCUCCAGCAAAGAAGAUGAAGGCACUCUACGACUAUGUUGGUUCGGACGCGACCGAGCUGGAUUUCUUCACAGGCGACACCAUUACAGUACUUGGCGAGGAUGAGAGUGGAUGGUGGAAGGGCUCACUCGAUGGCCGAGAGGGUCUAUUCCCGUCCAACUACUGUGAACUUGUAUAA